AUGACCACUGUACUCAUUUGCAUUGUGUACCUUGUGAUCUUCCUCACUGCGAAGUAUCCAGGAGGCGGCAUAUGGUCACUCCUGAAGGUCAGUAACGGGGAAAGUGUUGCUCCAAUAAGGCCAAAUAACGUGACUAAUGAGAGGCCGCCGAUACACCAAGAGUACAGCUCUACAGCAAAUAAUGAGACAGCAUGGAACAUCGAUGUGGAGAUGAUUGCUGGUCAAAACAUGGAGGACAGAACAAAUGUAAGAAGCAACAGUAGCAGUGAUAUGCAACACAAAUAUGAUGCUACGGUGAAGGAGAAUAACGAUAUUAUAUUUUCCACUCAACCCCCACCAAGUGCCCAGCAUCACCCCGAACCAAGUGCCCAGCAUCUCCCCCCACCAAGUGCCCAGCAUCAUGCCAAGCACGUGGAUCCAGAGACAGUCAAAGCUGACGCUACGGAAGAGCAUGAAGACACUACAGCAUUAAUUUAUAAUACCGACAAGACUUCUCAAAUGCCUCGUUCAAGAGAUAAGUCCAGGACAGAAGAGGAAGCUGCAAUACCGUCUACUUCAGAGGAACAACAAACUACCGCGGCUGCAUUUCUCGAGGAGGUCGAGGGCCUGGAAGUCUCCCAUCUUGGAGGACAAGAAGACAUUACACACAUGAUCCAAGACACUACAGUUGCCACUGAAGCUGCCGGCGAGAACUCCACGUUGGGAGAAGUGACUAUUGAAACCAUACUUCCCAGAGACAACCCAGGCACUAAUGUUUCUCUUCCCGGAAAUGGAGAGUCCGCCACGGGCUCCUCGCCCGGAGACGAAGAAGCAGACGCAGCUUCCGUGGCCCCAGCAGUAAGCCCAGACGAUCAUCUGGUCCUGGAUAUCACUGUCAACUUGACAGGUGUUGCUCUGACUGUGGACGGUCGCCAGGUAUACAAGGAUUUGAAGUAUAACAUGUCCUGCGGCCUGCACCUGGUGACCCUGCACCCGGUCACGGGUCGGGUCAUGGCCGCUCACUCCUACAUGACCUGGCAGCCCGCCCUUGAUAAAGCUUUCCUCGAGGGAUUGAACGACAUUCAGAAUGGUCGCCUCUUGGUCAUCCUCGGAGCGCCGGACUUCACGUCGUUCCUGGGAGAGGCGACAAUACGGGUGCUGGAGGAGAUGGGCGCCCUCUACAUCGACAGGUUGGCCUACAAGGACGCGUGGUGCCUGCUGGUGCACAAGGGCGGCGGGGUGCUGCUCGAGGCCCUCACCACCACCUUCCUCCCGCCACACAGUCUCAACGAACUCGUGCUUGACAACAACUUCACUAUGCUGGACGUGACGCCACUCACUCUUCACGCCUCUAUACCUCGCAAGGCAGGUGGAGGGUGUGGGUGGUAUGGCGUGGCGGGGCUGCAGGAGAGGGCCGCCUUCUGUGACACUUAUGACGGUUAUGGUGACUUCUGCACCUGUCACCACCCGCCCUGGUCGCCCCUCCCACAACACCCAGUGGAGUACGAGAUGAAGGAGGUGAUCCCUGUGGCCAUAGUGACAGCUCGCCGGCUGCCCCACGUCCUGCGUCAGGUGGGGCAGGUGUGGGCCAGCCCCGGCGGCACCAACACACCCAUCACCAUCUUUGUCGACGGCCACAACCCCGAGGCCCAGGCGCUGGCUGCCCUCCUCCACCUCCCUCUAGUCCAACACCACAAUCCCGCAUAUAAAGGUUCGUUAACUCGUAUCUCCUCUCACAUGAAGCUGGUCUUGUCUCGAGUGUUCGAGCAGCACCCCAAAGCAGACAAGGCCAUCAUCUUGGAGGACGACCUUGAGCUUGCCCCAGACAUCAUCCCGUACUUUCACCAAGCAGCUCAACUGCUCACAUCAGACCCGAAAUUGUUUUGCGUCGGGGCCUACAACCACAACGCCUUCAGCCACACGGCCCUGGACCCCACACGUCUCUACAGGGUCCACGGGGUCCCUGGCUGCGGCUGGAUGGUCAGGAGGCAUGUGGCUCAACAGAUGAUCAACAAAUGGCCAUCUACGGGAGAGGGUAUAGACUGGGACCUGUGGACGAGACAGACCAUAAUGGGUGAUCGGGACAUCCUGGUGCCGGAGAUCCCACGCACCAAGCACCGUGGGGGAGGGGGAGUCCACGUCACCGGUAUAGAACAAGAGCAGUACUACAACCAGCGGCCCCUCAACGCUCUCCUCAACGUCACCCUCGACCUCCACGGGGCAGAGCUGCACAACUACCUCAAGUUGCACACAAGGAACAUCCGUACAGGACAUGUGGUGCACUUCAGUAAGCACCCGUGUGUGGAGCUGCCCAUACCCCGGCACCAGGUGAACAUGAGCUAUGUGGUGUACGUGGACCAGCCGCUGGAGAUAGGCUCUACUGGAUCCUACUAUGUGGUUGCAAAGUGUCUGGGCCUCGACGACCACUACACCCUCGAGAACCUGCAGAUGAUGUACACAGCUUCCUUCUACGGUAACCAGCUCUACAUCGUCGGCUGCCCCAACUCCCCCUUCUGCAUAACAAAGAAAACGGAGAACAUCUACAGUGCGACAUCGGAAGACAUGGAUUAUGCAAACGAACAUCCUUUCAGGAAGUUUUCUCCGACUGAACACCUUGCCUUUAGGGUGCAAUCACUAUCACUUUCAGAUGAGUUCAACCUUAACAACCUUAUUCACUACUAUGUUCAGUAA